CAUGGGCACUGACUUCGCAGAAAUUCAAACUUCAUCUCUUUCCCAAAGCUCUCUAAUCUUUUUCAUCUCUUUAGUAGGCGUCGAGAGAGUACUUUUUCUGAUUAACGUGUUUUUAAUCGUUUGGUAUCGAUCGUCUUCUUGUCUCUCUCCCAGAGAAAUAAUAUAAAAAAGAUUCUGUCCUUAAAACUUCACUCCGGAAAGAUCAGAAAGAAAAUGCAAAAUGGUUGCUAAGAAAGGACGUCAAGAUUCUUCUCCUUCUGUGGAGGUUGGGGAGAUUGACACAAGCGCUCCUUUUCAAUCCGUUAAACAUGCUGUUAACCUCUUCGGUGAAGCUGCCCUUUCUGCUGAUAAGCACCCUCUCAUUCGCAAACCCACUCCUCAAUCCGCUGAGAAAGUUUUGGUUAAGCAAACGGAGCUUCACUUGGCGCAGAAAGAGCUGAACAAGCUAAAGGAACAAGUUCAGAACGCUGAAUCAGUCAGAGAGCAAGCGUUGAGUGAGCUGGAUUGGGCUAAAAGAACCGUCGACGAGCUUACUCGUAAGCUCGAAGCUGUUAACGAGUCGAGAGAUUCUGCUAAUAAAGUGACUGAAGCUGCCAAGAGUCAGAUCAAAGAAGCCAAACCAGAGACUGUUCCUGUGCCUAGUAGUGAUGAUGAGUAUGUGACGGUGUGUAAGGAGCUUGAUGCAGCGAAGCAAGAGCUGAGGAAGAUCCGUCAGGUCUCUAACGAGGUUGCGGAUACAAAGACUGUUGCGUUAACCAAAGUAGAGGAAGCUAAGGAAGUGACUAAAGUUUAUUCCGACAAGAUUCAGUUGCUUAGAGAGGAGAUCACAGCUGUUAAUGAAUCAGUUGAACAGACUAAGCUUGCGUGUUCUCAAGCUCGUAAAGAACAGUCUGAGAUUUUCUCAGAGAAGGAGAUUCAGCAGCAAUUGCAUAAAGCUGGAAUGGAAGAAUCUGCCAAGAAGCUCCUCGCUUUGAAGAAAGAGUUCGACCCUGAGUUUGCUAAAAAGCUUGAAGCGCAGCUGAGUGAGACUUACAACGAGAUCGAUGAGUUGCAGAAGCAAAUGGAGGAUACGAAAGCAUCAUCUGAUGUGGAUUCUGUUAAUGGUGUGAGCUUGGAGUUGAACGAAGCAAAGGGUUUACUCGAGAAGUUUGUGGAAGAAGAGAAGUCUUUGCAAGAGUCAGUGGAGUCUCUUAAAGAAGAGCUGAAGAAUGUGAAGACGGAGCGAAGUGAAGUUGAAGCGAAAGAGGCUGAGAUCGAAGCCGUUGCUGGAGAUCUUAACCUGAAGCUUAGCAAAGGGAAGAGUGAGCUAGAAGAAUGUGUUGGAGAGGAAACUAAAGCAAAGGCUGCUUUGGAAGAUAUGAUGUUAACUUUGAAUCAGAUCUCUUCUGAGACGGAAGCUGCUCGAGGAGAAGCUGAGGAGAUGAGAAACAAAGCUGAGAGGUUGGUUAAGGAUGCUGAAACUGCGUAUCUCUCGCUUGAAGAGAUAGAGCUAAACUUGAGGGUUGCUCUAGAUGAAGCCGAAGAAGCAAAAGCUGCUGAGUCGAAGGCGCUUGAAGAGAUAAAGUCAAUGUCUGAAAAAACCGACGCUGUCCGUAAGUCAACAUCAUCCGAGUCUGGAGGAGCUCAGAGCAUCACACUGUCUCAGGAGGAGCUUAACUCACUGAGGAAGAGAGCUGAGGUAGUUGAUAAGUUGGCGGAUAUGAAAGUGGCGGCUGCGGUGGCUCAGGUGGAAGCAGUUAGAGCUAGCGAAAACGAGACAGUUAAGAAGUUAGAGACGACGCAAGAGGAGAUUGAGAAGAUAAAGACUUCAACAGAAGAAGCGUUGAAGAAAGCAGCUAUGGCUGAUGCUGCUAAGAAAGCGGUUGAAGGAGAACUCAGGAGGUGGCGUGAAAGAGAUCAGAAGAAAGCAGAGGAAGUGGCGUCGAGGAUUCUCGCAGAGGCUGAGGCCAAGAUGUCCGCUGAGUCAUCAUCACCGCAACAUCAUUACAAAGCUACUAAACAGAAGCCUAUCAUCAACAAACUGGAGAAGACUAAAACCUCUGUGGUGGUGUCAAAGAAAGUGCUAUUGCCGAAACUAAGUGGGUUCUUUAAUAGAAAGAAGAAUCAAAUGGAGUGGGGUUCUCCUUCUUAUCUCCCUGGAGAGAAACCCAUUUGAUGUAUGCUUUCGUUUCAUGAUUUGGGAACUUUUAUUGUUGUGAACAAUGAGAAAGCUGUGUGUGGUAAAGAAGGUUUUGUGGCUUGAGAUCAGAAGCAGUUGCAGCUACGGUGUAUAAUGUGGUUUUUGGAUUCUAUAUGGCUUGUAAUAACAUUUAAGUAUUUAACUUCAGAAGAUGGUA